UGCAUGGACAAGUGUUUGCAUAAAUAUUUAUGAGAAAGACCGGAUCCUAUGAAAUACAAAGAAAAGAUGUGAAGUAUUGCAAAAUGGGUGCCGAAAUAGAGUUGCAUCGUCUGGUGGAUUUGGCGCUGCGUUCGCCAGACGCGGGUGUUGUGAACUUCAACCACCUUCACACGCUUCUACACGCCAUUUUGAACCACAUAGGUUUGAGCUACGAUGCGCUCAGCGGAGAGAUCAAUACCAAACUUGCUGCUCCUACAAACGAAGCAAAUGUUAAAAGUACCAAAACUGAGCAGUCGGAAGCGGAAGAUGAGGCAAGCAAAGGAGAAGUUCGUUCAAAGCGACCUGACAAAUCUUCGGAGCUGGGGACAGCUCUCUCCGAGUCUGAAAGAAGCAACGGCAGCAGGUUAGGUUAAUCUUUUUGUUUGUGACAAAUUUUGUUAAACAUCACUUGUUCGAAUAUGCAAAUAAUCUAAGCUGUUAAAGUGUUGUUGAUAUGAUAUGCUGUUGCAAAGCUAAGCGAGUAACAACAGUUAGUUCUUUAAUGCUUUUCACACUUCAUAAGUUUUUCACUGUUCUUUUGUCCAAAGAAUCAUGCUUUUCACAACGAAUGUCCUAGCUACGAAACAUGCUCGUUUUUCUCCAUUGCCGGCCAGUGUUAAUUAUGUGGAGAAGUGUGCUUUUGACAAAUUGUAGGUGGCUAUUGUCAUGAAUUAUUUAAGUACUCGCCGACUUUGCUGUUUCUGAAGGCUUCUUAAAGAACGUGGCUUAUUGUCCCCCUUACUCUUUAUGUCAAAUAGAGGUUUUCUAGUUCGCAAUUGCAAGAAAUUACAUUAUAUUCUUUUACGGAUUCGACUAAUUGUAUGUUUUAUUGAUUGUCCACAAUUACCUGAAGAUACCUCGAUCCUGUUCUCUUUGUUUUGCCUCAGGGCUAGCUUAAAAUGUAAGGGACCUAUCAUUAUUUAAACACCAUGAAAUGCUCUUUGAAAUGCAUCACUCAAAUUUAUUUUAAAUUUGUCUUGUUAUUUCAAUCGAAAUUUUAUCUCCAGUUAAGUUAUUGAGCAAGAAAAAACGAAAACGCAAGAUUUGCUAGUGUUGUCAUUCACAGCCUCCGUCACUGUGGAAACGCAAGAAUAUUGAAAUUUAAAACCCGAUAUUGAUGCGUCUGCCGCGCAGUUAAAUUCACCUGCCCUCGUAGUUUUUCAUAGACUGUCAAAGUUUCUUUUCAAUACAGAGUAAUUUACUGGGCGGACUUCGACGUUGUCUGUCUAAAAAUAAUCCGCUUAACGCCCCAGGAAUGAGAAGAUACACUGUACUUGCAAAUUAUAGCUUUAUAAGUCUUGUCUUUGUUUGUGGAGUCGUCUCAUCUCUGUUUGCCCAUAUUUCUCUUUUUUCAAAGUACUGUGUCAAAUUGUUUCAAUCCUCUCAGAGGUAAAAAAAAUGAGGUUUUUAAAAUGUAAGGUUUUAUUUUUUUGGCAGAAUUGAUCAUUAAUAGAAAAGAUAUUGGCAUUUUUUUGCUGUGGGCAUUGAAGACGUAGCCUGCGUGUAGACGAUAACUAAACUUUAAUUUCGUCUGCGCGAAGGUUAUGAGGACGUGAUGAUGAGUUUUAAAAAAUAUAUUAGUUAUUUUAUUUAUUUAAAGGAAAAGUAAACACAAUCAAGGUGUACUGCUAAAUGCAUUGUCAUCACAUGCCUUCCAUACAUACCCUCAGAAAAAAAGGUCAGUGUAGAAUGUAGACUGUGAACCACAGACCAGCUGAACAUAUUAGAAAUACGUGUAUCGCAGAAACACGCGAAGCUUGGGGGUGGGUGGCCUGAAAAAUGUUAGGGAUGGGAUCCUGAUAAUAAAAUGGAGACUGCAGACUAAGAAUAAAUGGCAAAGCAGGUGAAAUGUAGACAUCAUGUUGAAUUGAUAGAAUGGAAAAUUAAACCUCACUCACACAGUUCAUGCUUUUUAGUAAUUUACUUUAAUCUGUUUAACAAGGGGAGAGUCAUUUGCAACUAUCUACCCUUUAGAAGUUUUUAUUGUUCUAAAGCUUAAAAAACAAAAAAAACCGAACUGGCAAAUAUGAUGGAUAUACGAGUAUGCAGCAAGAAAGCAAACAUUUGAAAAUUCACCUCGGGCCACUCCUCUGCUACCAACCUGUAUCAGGGCAGAUUCAGAAAUUUCAGAGCUCAAUACGAUGCUAUUAUUUUAUUGGUUAAAGAACUCUGUAAGCAUCUGUCCAAAACCUAACAUUUGGUGAUGCUACCACUGGUUUCCCCGCCAAAUGACGUCUGAGAAACAAGUGCAGAAAUUCCAUACUGAUGACGCGUCACUACCCAAAUCUGGGUAGUACUUCUGAUUGGUUGUGCUGCAUGGGAAAUUUGAUUCAACCAGUCAGAAGCACUACCCAGAUCUGGGUAGUGACACGUGAUCAAUAUGGAAUUUCUGUACUCAUUUCUCAGGCAUCAUUUGGCAGGGAAACCAGAGGCAGCGUUGCCAAAUGUCGGCUGUUUUCUCAGGCUACCCCUCCCCUAGCCCCCCUCUAAAUCCCUGCUUAUGUAUAAUGACUUCUUCACUUUUUUGUCUUAAACCUUUGUUACAUUUUUUAUCAGUUUACAGAAAAGGCAAGAAAACCUUGAGCAAAAAGUUCACGAACUAGAGGAGAGAUUGAAGAUUCUUGACAACCCACCUUCCAAUCAGUUUAUUAUUGAGCAGGCACAACAAUCAAAACAUUUAAAUCAAGAUGAAGCUGUCACUCAAACUACACUUUCUGGGUUGUGGCAGUUUAUGAAAUUUAACAAGCGACUUCAGGCUACAGAAGAGGCUAUUGACAGAGUAAUGACUAUUUUGAAUGAGUUUCUUGGGACUAAUGGAAAGACGAUAACUAGCCUGAAAAGUGAUGUGGAAGAUGUUGCGAAUGAAUUGAAGAAUCUCAAAGAGAGCAUUCUUGGUCAAACAAAGUCAGUGGAUGGUAAUCUGGGACAGAAGCCAUCCACUGGAGCUUUCAUUGAAGGAGAUGCCAUGUUACGAAUAAAUUCGAUAGAGAAAGAACUGGGUAGUAGAUUUGUAACAAAGGAUGAGUUGUCAGUGUAUGUGAAAUGGCCUGCACUGGAAGAAGCUUUGAAUGUUAAGAAAACAGACCUUGAGAGGGAAAAUAGAGUAGCAACUGGUGCAGUCUCUCUGUAUCCAGAGGAGACACCAGUAAAGGACCCUGAUCAUAAUAAUAAUGAAAUUGAAGAAGAAGUUGAUGAUACAGAGUCAGAUGGUCGGCCACAAUCUGCUCCUCUGCCACCAACACUUCAGACACCAAUACCAGCGCCAGAACAUCCUAAGACUGCCUUUACAAGAAGUACACAGGUCCGUGAGCUUAUGUUUAAGCAUAAUUACGAUUUUGCCCAGCUAAACAUACCCCCCAUAAACUAAUAAUUAAUGAAUUGGAUUGAUUAUUCAGAAAUUAAAUUAUUCAUUAGUUGAGAGCCUAGCUAGGAUUUUCAAAGGGGCAUCAUGCACCAUGUCUUGCCCCAUGGUACUUAACCAGAUUGUCAUGUCAACAUCCAUUCUGUGUUUUACUAUAAGUAAUUUUUCUUUUUUGUUUUUUUUGGGGGGGAGGGGGUGGCAAAUGAGCUUGGGAGAGGGACAAGCAUACAAAAUAGCUGCAUAGACAAUAGUGGUAACAUCUAUAUAAAUCAAAUUUUAUUUAUUUUAUUUUUUAUUUAUAAAUCAAAUGUCAUCCUUUAAAGACAGUGAAUUUCAGGAUUGUAGUGUGGAAAUGGCUUAGGCCUUUUUUCAGAAAGAAAGGAAUGCCUCUCACAGGAGAGGGGGGGUCACAGACAUCCCAAGACCCCCCUAGCUAUACGCUGAUUAGUUGUUGCCAUUGUCAGACUGUAAAUUACAUGUAUAUAAGAGCACUGAAAAGUGAAGAUGACUAGUUUUUGACAUGCUUGAAAUUGCAGAGUGUUUUACUCAUGAUUCAGACUGUUAAUAGAGUGGUUAAGGUUCAGUCAUUCCCUACUCCUUUCUCUAAUCCCUCUUAUCUUUGGGGGGUGUUUCCUUUACAGACAUAACUAUAUGUUAAGGAAAGUUGUUUGUGGUACAGUAAUGAUGUCAUUGAUAAAGACGAGUACUUAGAUCUGUAUGCAUGCCAAAUUCAAUUCAAUUUUUCUGAAAAUAUUCCAAAAGGCGCUUAAUGUUGACUUUGUGUCCUAACUUAACUGUAGCACAACAUGUUUCAUCUUUGAAAUAGCUCUGGAUAAAGUGCUCAAAGUUCAUUGGAACAUCUUUGGACAAUUUCAGCAAUGUUCAGAAGUCUCUGAAAAAUCAUCGGAAAUGUUCGAAAUUGACACUGGGAUGAUUUUUGGAAAUUCCUGCCAGUGACAAAGUGAAAAUCUCACAUGUUUGACUCAGAAAAAGUUGCCAGGUAUAGAUCCAAUGACAGGAACACUAAGUGGUUAGUGCCAAGCCAGGGAAGGUGUGGGAGGGAAUUGACCCCUCCCCACCCCCAUAUUGGCCUUUGGGAGUCCAGCCACUCCUCUCAUUUGUACACUUCUUGUCAAAUGCUCGGCCAGCCCUGCUCGAGUAGGUGUAUCAGGAUUUUACAGCAAUAAUUCCAUUGUCGUUCAUCUAAGGAAGGGGUUAGUUUCCAGCAGGAGCCCAUCAAAUGGAGCCUCCAUCUCCAUUAAUUUCUUGAGUCAACCCUUUCCCGAGUAGAUUUAUAAAUAGAACGGCUUUUUUCCUGCGAAAAGUGUCAUAUUUCCGGGAGUCUUGUAUGUCACCGUGAAAAAAAUGAAGUUGGAUGAAGUCGAACUCAGAAGCCCGUCCUUCGACCAUUUUCCUUUUUUACUAUACAUCCAUUUUUUACAAUUUUACAGCCGCUGGGAUCUGGGUAUCAUGAAAUAAAAGUUAAUGAAUUACCCGCUGACUGAGCAUGAAGCGAUGGGACAAAGGCAGCGAACUGAGGAUCACGGAAAGGUUAUCUUUGCGAGUGUAUUUUCUUUUUUGCCGUCAUACAUCCCACAUUUAACCAUGCACCUUGAAAAGAGUCGACGAUUAAGCGUCCUGUGGACAAUUUGGAACUUUUCGAUGAUCAGCGCCAAAAAAGUGCCAGGAUCAUUUGAUUUUUGCCAUCACCGUGUGGAGUGGAUUUCGCCAGCUAAGCACCGCAUGCAAAAGCGAUGACCUAAGUAACAACUAAGGAGGAAUGCUUCAGUUCCGAAAUUUGAGAAAUUGCAGUCUUCCUUUACAACUGGCUUGUAUUACUGUGAGAAUUGCCUGAUAAAACUGGCACUUGAAAAGUUGAACAGAAGACAACAGUUGCUCGACCGUGAAGCUAACUCAAAAGUAAUUUCCUAACGGAGAGAUUUGUGACCUCGCGCUCCAGUCCAAAGACCCUCUUAUCUCAAGAAAAACAAAAUGGAUUGUAUCUGCGCCAAAGUGGAAUUAUGACUGACUAACAGGACAAUUCUCAGCAAUUAAUGUAGAAGUUUAGGCCAAUUCUUUCCUUCGAAUUCGCAACUGUAGAUCACUUUUUUGCGAGAGGGAAUCAUCAUACUACUGACACCAGCUGACAAGCAAAACAACCACAAGGACUACAAGUAUUUAUUCAGAUAAACGCAUUUCAGAAAAAAAAGACUUAAUAUUGAGUCAUUUAGCUGAAAUAAGAACCUUAACGCUAAAAAAAAAUUGGCUAAAGAAAACGAGUCCUGUCAGAACUACAGACUGCAGGUAGUAGUUAAUCAUGACACAUGUAACAGACCAGCUUCAUGGCCUCUUAAUUUGAGACAAGCAACCAAAAUUAAGAUUAACAUAGUCAGAGUUUAAAACCCUCCACAGUAUAAUCUACCCGCUAGAAAGAAAAGGAAGAAAAUCUUUGAGGGAUGAAAACACUAAAGUCAUGUUUCACUAGCUUAUGAUUUAUGUUUGGCCUGUCAACACCGAAUUUCCGGCUGUUUGAUGAAGUACAAUAGCAGUGUCAUUAGGUCGUGGUGAUUGGCUCUUCCCACCGUCGGCGCGCAAAGUCUCCCCUGGGAACCGUUCUAAUUAUAAAUCUACUCGGGAAAGGGUUGACUCCAAGGGCUUGUAUUGGAGAUGGAGGCUCCAUUUGAUGGGCUCCUGUUUCCAGUCAGAGUGCUGUAUUAGUCAUUUCUUUCAUUGUGUCAAUAUCUUAAUGAACUAAGAUAUUGACGAAAACCUUAGCACGCGACUGGCCGAACACAAACGAGCGACGAGGAAUGGUGACGUCAACAAUCACGUUGCUGAACACCAUUAACAGACGAAACAUCAAAUUGACUCUGCAUCAUGUAUUACGUAUUCUACAGACUACUAUCAAUGACUUACUUUAGAACAAACACCACUGAAUCAUAGCCAACAGUUACCAGCACCGUACAAACAACUUAUUGACGAGAUUAAGCAAAACUAACUAUGAGAGAAUGACUGGAGAACUGACAAUUUGACUAACAAUAGACGACUGUUUAACUGUGACAAUAGACAGAUCGAAACGCACCAAUUACUGAUUACAAGUCUUCAUAGCCAAUAACAUCCUGCUUAACUGACAGACGACCAAUAACAUCAGGAUGUAAUUGACCAAUCAGAUCAAUAACUAGAGUAUACCAUCAACUGACGUGAUACAACUCACUUUGACUCUGAAGAUGACUACCGCACAGGUUGUCAAAACGUCAGUCAUUGUCAACAACAACAGCCCUAUUCAGGACUACGUUCACCCAGACGAUCAAACUCAACAUACUUUUGAAAUGACUCCUUGGUUCAAACCUUUCACUUCAGGGAAAUAAAUGCUAUGGUGCUUAAGAUUAAAAAUGGUAACUUAGGAGAAAUUUGAACUGCUUGGACUAAUUUCCUUUUUUCUUAUUUUCUUCUACAAUGACCAUGGAGUGCUGCUUUUUAUAGAGUGUUUCCAUUUUGUAACUACAGCUGUACCCAUACAUUUAUGUGUUGCUCAUGUGUCCUUGAUCUCUUAAAACCUCACCUUUGCAGGUAAAUGGUCAAGAAUUGUUGCCUGCUGCAGAGUACCCCUCUCAGGAAAUGGUAGAAUGUCUCAGGCAAAUUGGAGAACUGUCAGAUAAGCAAACCCAGGUGGAGAAAUAUGUGGCCAGUGUUGCUGAAUCACAGCAGGAAAUGGCUGGAGAGUUGGCUAAAGUAGAACAUGCCCUGCCACAGAAAGUGAGCAAGGAAGAUCUGAAUAUUCCUGAAGACUUACAGGAUCAACUAGCUAUGCUUAAACAAGGUAUACUAAAAUGGUCAAUAUAUGAAUUUCAUAUAAUAAAAAAAAUUAUUUCAACUACAGAAUGAAGAAACAAAUCCAAAAAGGUCAUUGUAGUUAAAGGGAGUCGCAAAGGGCAGGCCUGAAAUAAUUCAGGCUUGCAGGGAUUCACGUAGCCCAGGACCAGGCACUGCAUUGGGGGAAAGAGAAAAAAAUCGGUGAGCAAAGCGAAAUGAGAGGUAGUCUGGGAAGGGGAAAGGGUACGUGGUCCUUUCCCUGUUUGCAGACUACCACUAGUCUCGCCUCGGUAGCUGAUAUUCUGACCCCCACCACUGCCACUCUCACCCUCGCUUGCCUAUAUUUUGACUGUUGCCUUUUUCCCCCACUGCGGAGCCUGGUCCCAGGCUAGGAUUCACGGUAAACCCUGACCUUUGCGAUACUGCAGGUGCAGCGCUCUAACCAAUUGAGGUAGCUACUGGGAGCUGGUUUGUAAUAUUCCCUAGAAAUGAUGAAGGGGUGAAGUGAGGAAUAUAUGAAUGUCAUAUAUUGGAAUUAUAGAAUGAGAGCUGGUUAACAAAUUUGUUUGUAAUAUGCCAGGGAAAGGUGAAGAUGAAAUUAAUUAACUGUGAAAUUAAUGAAGAUGAAGUUAAUGAACUGUUAGAUAAGAAAUAAAUGCAAAGACACGACAAUAAUUACAGUUGAAGAUGCAAGUUAUGCAGUUGCGAAUGAAAGCCUGAAAAAAUUUCAGCUUGUCAAGAUUUGAACCCUGACAUCUGUGAUACUGGUGCAGUUUCCAUAGGGUAGGAAUAUAGGAUAACUUUAUCUACAGAUCUAGAGCUUCUUAUGUGUGUGUGUGUUUUGUUUUCUUUUUAAAUUAAGGUAGUUUUUCGAUUCUCUCUUCUCUUUUAUUUUUUCUUUUUCUGUUCUCUUUUUUAUUUUACUGUGUGUGAAUGGAUGCUACUUCCUAUUGUGAGGGGACUCAUGUCCUUGGAGGUGAAAUCAAAUAAUAAAUUUAUAUAAAUAUUCACUAAUUUCAUUUUUCAUUGGAGGUUUGGAAUUCCUAAAUACAAAUCAAGACUUAGUUGCUCUCGCCGAAAUCAAGAACAUGGCUCUUAACAACAAAGAUCACAUAGAGGGAAUCAAACGUGAACUUGCCAUAAUUGCUCGACAAAACAAACCAGCUUUCACAGGAGUCGUUAGCCAGUCACCUGGCGUAGACAGCAGUGUGUUGGACGCAUUGAGGGAACACUUAACUGAUCUGCAAGCAGAGCAGGAAAAACUCGUUGUAACGGCAGACAGGCAACAUUCAGAAGUGGUUCAGGAUCUUAGCAGAAAACAGGUACAUGUACUGUACUGCUGUACAUAAACGGUCUAUGUCAUGUAAGCAUUAAACAAUACUUUAAAAAUAAAUCCCAACCUUCAGAGAUAAAGUCUAUAAUGUAGAUUAUUUGGCAGGCGCUCUAAAAAGGGUGAAUGUGGAGAGUGAGGAGAGUAAGGCAUUCUUAAUAAUGUGUGGCCUAACGUAAUUAACCCUUUAAUCCCUACAAAUCAAUUUCAUGGUUUUGAGAAUUAAAAAGAAAAAAUUAUCUCCAGCCAGAAAGGUGUUAAUUGUGAAACAUUUUUAAAACAGCAAUUUUUUACCCGCAUUUGUUUGGGUGGGGCCUUAAAUCACUCUGGAGAGCUUUUUAAGAAAGAUGCGGUUUCGGUGAUCAGACGGACAGCGCUUCGUGUAAAAACAUAAUAUACAGUUUCAAAAAUGUCCAGAUUCAUGAGGACGGGACUUUAGACAUCAGAAUGGUAGUUUGCAAUAUGGUAGUUGAUAUAAAUGCAUAUCAAGGCAGUGAGGUACAAUGAUGGGUCAUUACAAGUAGUCUUUUCUACUUACAGAUACUAAUUUGUGCUACCGUUUGCGGGUGCUGCAUAAUUUCCUUUUCCGCUUUCUUACAGGAACACAUUGAAGCACUGUAUAGUUAUGUUGAAAAACUUCAAGAAAGUAAAGCAGAUAAGGAAAAUGUUGCCUUGGAAAUGAACAUCAAAGCUGACAAAGCUGCAUUGGAUAGCAAAGUGAAUGUGUCAACAUUUGAUAACACAUUCAACAUGCUUGAUGAAGGGCUCAGGGAAGCUCUACAGAAAAUGGAUGACUACAUGAAUGAGGAAAUGGCUCUAAAGCAAGCCUUGAAGCAGCUAUCGGCUGAUAUGUCAGAGAAAAUGGAUGGACAGGCCUUUCAAGCACUCAAGAACUAUUUAGGUACAUUACGUGUACAAGUAUAUCCUACAUAAUAGGUGUAGCCUUGUUGCAAGCACUGGGGAGCUUAAACAACGACGACCGCGAUGGCAAUGAGAACUGCAACAAGCAACAGGCGAAUCUUUGCUGACAUCAUUGUUUACCUUUUUGUUGAUGCCAGUCCAUCUAGUAAUUGUAAUCGUCGAUGUUUGUCAGUGCUCAAGUACCCUUCGUACAAGUCUUCAUCCCCCCAAUUCACCCAUUGCGCUUUUUUUUUUCGAUGGACCUAAGUUGUUACCUGAGUUAGUGCCGCUGUUUUGUGCGGCCAGAAGGUAAUGUGUUUAUACUGUCUUUUCUAGAGCGCCGAAUAGCAGAUGUACAAAAGUCCAGGAAUCUCAUUGCUGCCGAGGCAAAAGUGGACUUUUCCGAUGCAGCCGGAUUCCGCAAGCAAGUUAAGUUCAACUGCAUUUCCUGUAGUAGACCUGUGGAGCUUCCUCUGCGAGGGCCCAAUCAGAGCAACCUGCCAUUGCCUCGGGGUGUCCGUACAAAGAGAUCCAAGGGACCUUACUUAUCUUUUGAAAUGGACCAGGUAAGAAGCCUUUUAGGGAGUUACAAAAAUUAAUUUGAUAUUUGCCGAUUUCGGGGGAUUUUCACUAUAGAGCUUUGAAAGCCUCAUCCCUACUGAUUAUGUAAACGAAGUCUAACCUAACUCACAGUUCAAGGCAAUAAGGUACCCCCAAGUCCAUCCAUAAGUGGCUGUAAGUAAAUAUAUAUUUUCUCAUCUGCUCUAGUAUUCCCUUUUGACACUGUUACCAUUUGAAAAUGACGCCGAAUCAGUUAAACUCCACUUAUAUAUCCAGUUGUUCUUGUUUUGCAUCAUUCUAACUUUUUAACUCAUUGCUACCAUUUUGUUGCUUGCAGAUUCGCCAGUAUCAGCGAGGUCAUUAUGGAGGUGGUAAAGCAGAAAGGUCUUUAAAUGAGAUCAUAUCAGGGCGACCUUGCGGAGGAAGUCACACAGUUAUGUAUCAUCCAAAGAGAAGAACCAAAACUACACAGCUAAACCAAGUGUUAGGUUUGUGUUUAACCAAUUACAGUACUGAGUACAUUUCUUGUUUUCAGUAUAUAAAAAUAAUAAAAACAAUUAAAAUUAAACUAAUAAAGGGAAAAAAUGUGGUCAUAGGGGUAACCCAGUAGUUUUCAAAAACAAACAUUUCAAAAUAAACAUGAUAAGGUUAAGAAUCCCAACUGGUCGGAGACAAACCAGGGUGACCGACGAUUUGAACUCGGGACUGCCGUGUGAACAGAUCCAGCUAGUGUUCAGAGUGGGACUUGAACUCGGGGACUCAGUAUUGCGAUUCCAGCGCUCUAACCGCUCGGGAACGCUCCCUCUGUGUAUAAUUUUGAGGAGAAACUACCCACCCACCCCUCCGUUAUCCCGGCAGUGACACUAACUUUCCACUUAGGGCUAAAUGUUGGGUUAGGGGAGGGGUAGUUUUUAAUUUCCCAGCGUCUUAUAUGGAUCUAAGAGAACAUGUAGUAGGUGUAGUGUUAAAAUUUCUUUCUUAAUUUGUAGCCCGUGAAGAACAAACAGAAAUCCCGAACUGGGGAAGAGAAAUGUCUGUUAUUGAUUUGCUGAAAGGUUCCGAUGGUCAUGUCUAUAAGGGACGCUUUAGACAGGUAUGAAUGUAUGUUUAUUCGCAACACAAACUGCUUAGAUUUUAAGGUCCCACUCCACAUUUUCUGACAACCAAGGGGAAUCUGACACCACAGACUAAGCGGUUGAGGGUUUGAGAAAUGAGAACGCGACGGCAGUGACGUCAGCGCUCGCAAAACUAAAAACAAGCUUUAACAGGAGCCUAUCAAUUUGAUGGGCUCCUGGCUUUACCAGUAUCAGAGCGAGAAAUUAAACACCGGAAGUCGCGCUCAGUCCUUCCUGCGCGCUUUCGCGUUCUCGUUUGCCGUCGCGUUGUUAUUUCUAAACCUGCCUGCUGUCGCCUGGUAUGGCACUUGAGUAUCAUGAGUAAAUGAUUCGAUUUGUCAGAAAGAUCUCGUGGGUUAAUUAAUGCUCUUAAACGUCUUAAAUGGCUCUGUCGGUGAACCUUGUUGAAGGGGUGUUUGGGUUACCUUACAAUUACAAAAGUCAAGUUUUACAGGCCUAAUAGAAUUUACCUCACUAGAUGCUUGGGGUUUAAAGGCGCCCUCGUUCGUCUGUCUAGAGCGACUUUGCAGCAAUACGUUCUUGAGCCUUCCAAGAGUUUACUACAAUACGUAUUUUGUUCAUCUGUUUAGGCUAUCACUAGCGACUUUGAAACAAGUUGUGAUUGAAUUUAUGAAAUUGAAUGAUCCUUCCAAUAUUUUACUGCAAUCCUUAUUUUGUGUUUUGUUAUCAGACAAUACCACCCAUUCCCAAGAAUUCUCGGUCUCCGCCACUUGAGCAUGAAUUCUCGCCAUUCGCCAAAGAAGAAUCACUGCUUACGUCGAAUUCGGGCCCAGACUCCCCAAGGAAUGCUGGGGCAGGGCAGGUGAGAGAAACAAUGUUACAAUUUGGUGUAUGUGUUACAGUUAGCACGAUCCUGUAUGUCGCGUUACAGCUUACGGUAUGACAAAAAGUGGGAGGGCCACCGUUCUAACUGGCUUUGUGAUAUUCAAAUGAUAUCUGAUAUUUAAAAUAUUGCUGGCUUGGUUGCUUUAUUACUUAAUUGAAUUCGUCACGGUGACUUAACACGGUGGCAGAGAAUGAAUCAGGACUAACGUCCCCAUUGAUAUCAACCCCUUCAUUACCCACCCAGCCCUUGAAAGGUUGUACCACACCUCUGGGGUCUACGCCCCCUACUCUUUACGAAUAGCAGUGUUGGUUCUUUUACGUCCCACAAGAGUUAGAACAGUGAAAGAGCUGUGAGACUGCACCUACGGUUAUUUGUCCUUAUCCGAGAAGACUGGAAUGUCUAACCAAUUGUAGAUGUCACAUCAAAGGCAGCACAUUCUCCUCAGUUAUUUUAAGACCCUAACUGUUGGUCCUGCCGGGGUUUGAACCCCCGACCUCCCGCUCAACAGACCGGCGCUUAUCCAAUUGAGCAAACCGGGCGGCGGUUAUAAACUUUACUCAUAAAUGUAGUCAAGUGAGACAAUAUCCACACACCAUCAAGACAAGAAGGUUUUGAGAAGUAAUAAAAUGAUCACCAGAGGGAAAAUGCUUUGAUCUUUUCGAUCAAAUUCCCUCAAUUCUUUAAGGAAAUGUAUGGAGAUCUGGAGAAUGUCUGGAGAAUUUGUAUGUGGAUAUUGGGGCUUAAAGGGUUAAUGUAUUCAACUUAAAAUUUUCAGGCUGUGGAGGAAAUGUCUCCAGAGUCACAAAACAGUCCGCGUGACACGCAGAAGAAGAGUCAGUCACACAAUACGUCGCCAAGGGCAAGGAUGAGACACAUUGUGAAACGUCACAGCUCCGAGUCACCACCCGUUCCAGUUCCCUCGCCGUCUCCCCCGACCGUGCGUGACAGUGAAACUCAUAAAACGCUGCUGAAACAGCAAAGACAAGAGGUAAAGUUAGUCAAUUUUUUUAUUGUUAUCGUCGUAAUGAUGAUGACAAUUGUGAUGGUGAUUAUUGCGAUGAUGAUGAAGAUGAUGAUGAUGGUGAUAAUUUGACUAGUCCCUGUGCGGCGUCUUUUCAGGCCCUCUCGGUCAAUGCAUUUCGGUGACGUAUCCGAGACGAACGGCCGGGAGACGCCUAGACAAUCUCGGAGUGCGCAUGCGUGAGCAUUUUUGAAAAGUUCACACGGGGCGCUUUCCAUUUACGAAAAAAAUCCGGAAAUUUCGGUGGUAGCAAAAGUGGAAUUUCCGAUUGGUAAAAAGUUGUUCCAUUUGGUCGUAAACCCCGGUACGUGGCGCGGUGCCCGACCGUGGACCUGGAACUGGUACAAAGUACGAGAAACGUAAAUGGAACACGACAUUCCGUUCAGAAAUUCCAACCGGGAAAACGGGACCACCUUUUUAGAUUUUCCACUUUUUCUUGGAAUUUUCCAUUGGGACGAACCGACGAAACGUGUUCCAUUUACCGCCGAACCGGAAAUUCCGGAAAUUUUGACUAAAUGGUAAGCGCCCACGGUCAACUGAAAUAAUCUAUAAAUAGCUUUGCGCGUGAAUACUCCUUCGCUAAGGAUCGGCACUAUUGACACUAUUACAAAAGUAACUAACCUAUUUCGUGUUAUAAAAGAACAAAAAUAUUACUUUGAAUCGGAAAGAAUACUACUGUAUAACGUGCAAGAAAUUUCUCUUUCAGUCCAUCUUCAAAUGAACCAUUAAAAUGAUAGUCUUAAUUGAUAAAAAGAUUUGAAACAGCAGUUUGUUGACAUUCUACCAAAUUUAGAGACCAAAUUCAGCAGCCUGUCCGAUUAGUUUGAUAAGCUUCCAAAUCCAAAAAUUAAAUUACAUAAAGUAUUUCGAAGUGAAAUGAUAACGAGAAAUUUAUAGGAGCAACCGAAAAUAGAGAAACGAAAGAUAGCUUGUCAUAUCCAAGAAAAAAUAUAAACUUAUUUGACUUAUUUCUUUAGCUUACUUUCCGAUUCUUGAUCAAAUAAUUUUUUGGCGACGCUGUUUUGCUUAGCCUACAAAUAGUUUUUGAGAUGAAGUAAAGUUCAAAUUAGUUUAAUGAGAUAAAUGAAAAAGAAAGGCCAAACGACUUGGAAUGAAAAUGCUCGUUCCUCUGUACUCUCCAUGGCUGCUGGACAUCUUUCAUCAGCGCGGAAAAGUUAUUGACAGCUCGCCCGCUUCCAAAAGCUCCGCCCUAAGUGAGACAAAAUGUCUCACUUCUCCGAGUUUGUCUAGGCCUCAAAACCUUUCUCGGAUCACGUGACCCGAAACGCAUCGGCCUCGCAUAAUAAUGAGGCCUAGGGACUAGGCAAGGUGAUAAUUAUUAUUACAGCUAUUUUUUGGUCUUAGUUUUAAGAUGCUUUGCUGUUUUUUUGUUGCCUUAUAUUUUAUUGUUGUUCUUAUAUGUAUUGCAGGACAGUCAGUCGAAAUUGUUCACUCCAGCUAUUCCCAGACCCUCUCCGGAUGGAGGACGGGAAAACGAAGACACUGAUCCAGGGGGGAAUGGGAAAGAUACGGUGAGAUUUUUUUGUGUAAAAAGUGUACGGAGAAGCAAAACUUAUUUGAUUGGCGUGUUCCAUUAGUUUAUUAUUUAACGCAUUGCUUUCACUUUGUGUUGUUUUUCUUACUCAUAUUCUGUGUCACUUUCUGUCAGUAACUGUGCCGGCUCACAUUGUGGGUUGCCCCUCCUAAAAUUGUUCUGCAGUUGGUAUAGGAUUAAAUAGAGCCGAAACCAAUUGUGGAAUUGCACACGUUUUAGGCAUCCGACUGAUGAACUGUUACGACUUUACGAUAUUUCCAACAACAUCAAUUUGCCGUCUACCCCCUUCGAGUUGUAAGGAACAAUGAACGUUGAAAAGUUACUUGAAUCAUGAAGCUUACAAUUCUCGUCUGCGUAAAAGGACAACUAAAAAGGGAGCCUGCUAGACAAAGCAACGAUUUCACGGGGUGACUAAAAUACGUUUGGGAAAUGGCUCGAAAUACCAACAAACAGAAGUAUGGAACAUGUUAAUUCUCGAUUUGUUUGUUUGAUUUCACCGGGUCGCUGGUCACAAACACUAUGCUGACACAUCAAUACAGGUACAGGGUUGGCCUCGACUCUAAGUGAAGCAUUCACAAAUAUGAGUGAGGUAGGAAGGAGCCAGAAAUUUGAAAGAAAAACAACCGGCACAGGGUAGUAAACAAGUCGUCCUCUCGCUCGAAUUUGGGAAUAUGUUCACUUCAGAUGGAGGCUAACCCUGUAAAAUGCGUCUUCAAUGCUAUUAUUCAGCGGACAUAGAGAACUUGACUAUUCCACAGGGCUCUGUCGUAGAGUGCAAACAGACAACGUGUAUAACGGCACUUAGUAUCCGUCUCUGAUGAGAGGUUUGAUACGUGUCCAGCUUUUUGAGAGUAAGAGAAAUGAGAACCAAAGGGACCAGUUCUAGAUGUCCGAUAUUUAGGAAUUUGUCGGGCUAAGAAAGGAAUACGCUGAUCAGCUAUCUCUUGUCUUUUUUAGGAUAAUGGUAGUCCUACGGAAUAAGAAGGAGAAGUGAUAACACCAAGGACCAAGGGAGGAAAUAACCUAAGUAAUCAAAAUUGUUAUAACUGAGUGUUGUUACAAAACAAGCUAUGGUUAUAAUUGCUGUGAUCAAGCUGAACGUGCUCCUAACACAGGCAAUCCUGUCAACCAAUGGGAAUUUAAAGCAAACCCAUAUCUCUCACUCGUUUUCCCGCGCAGAAUUGACGGCUACUACAGCUGUAAGGGCGGGAAAACCAUAACGAGUACCUGAGUCACGUUUGGUUUCGACUUUGACUUUGAUUGGGUGGAGAAAGUGAAGCAAGAUUGUUAGCCAAUCACAAAACGGUAAGUGCGAAACCGAAAUGGCCAUCAUGUACUACUUCGAAAAACCUUGAAUAAAUACCGCUCUGCCACGUUGGAAACGGCAUAAAACAUUUCUCUCCAAUACCUUGAUCCCGUGAAAUAAUUUGAAACUUUGUUCAGAGAAAUCAAUCGCGAUGAGAAUAAUUUCAUGUACAUGAUUAUGAUGCCCAUUCUUCGGUAUUUUUCUUUGUUGUUAGACGUAAAGUUUAAUGACUGAAAAUAUUUGUUUGCAUCGACUGAACUUUCCCGAGAUGUCAGUCUUCGUUGACUAGUUUUCUGUACAUCUUAAAUCUCAAUUGACCCUUGGAAGUAGUCCAAGGUUUCUUGACUUGAUAACUUUUAUUCCUGCACCUAAAUAUGGGCCAUAUUCCUUGUUACAAGGAUCAUCAAAACUGACUGAAGAAUUCUGGUACGUCUGAGAAAACGCCCUAUGGCACUCUUGCCGGAAAUCGAGUAAUGAAUUCUUGCGUUAGGUCUGGGAAAAAAUUGAAUCUAGAGACAGAUGACGCGAGUUAAACUUAGGAACGGAUUAUCGUUAACGGUGGUGAUGGUCCCCUAUUUAAUGGUUAUUUCAAGAAGUUAUUUAACAUUAGACUAUCGCUGGCGUAGGAUUUUCCAACUAUUGUAUUGCAAAUUUGGUCUGAGCUGGAUGUAUUAUACUUGGAAGAAAAUCACUUUUUGAUUAAGAAGUAGUUAAGGCAAUUUCAAAGUGAUGUUUUCUUGACCCUCCAUGUUAAUCAGAAAAUUAUGUAACUAUUGUAUUAACACCGGGAUUAAUUUAUUACAUUCUAUAGAGACUACUUGUAUUUUAUAGUGAGUUAAUAUAUGAGAGUGAAAGUUUUGAUUACAGGAAUAUGAUAACAGUCAUAGGAAUAGCCUAAUUAUAAGACUAUACAUUAAUGUAUUCAGGCCCAGUCAGUCAAGAAGAUAAAUGUAUUUCGUUCCAGAAACCGUGGAUUAUAUUAUGAGCAAAACUGAGGUGUACCUACUAAAUAAUUGCUGACAGCGUAGAUUAGUUAUCGAGUUUAUAAGAAUUGUUGUUUUAAAAUGGAGAAACGCCCACCUACAGUAUAUAUUAUAGACUAUAAGUUCUGUUACCAUCUGUGUUAACCUAUUUACAACGUAGCAAUAAUCAUAUCUACUCAGAAUAUUCAGUUGUAAAUGAAAAACCAGUAUAUAGUGUUUCUUGACUAGGGAUAUAGUAUGGUUUCUGAUGGGUGGCCAUAUCUAGUGUUAAAACCAAAUAUUGUACUUAAACUGACUCGAUUGAUAUAUAUUGCUCUAAGAAAAGACAGACAUUUAAAAAGCUUACGCGGAUGCAAUUAAUUAUGGCAAUGCCAUUUUAUUUGUGUUAUCUAUCUUCGUUAAAAUAAUUAUGCUUGGUGUCCAAAAGAAAUCUAGUUGACAUUAAAGUUGUGUGGUUCAAUUUUAUUUCCCUUUAUUUUAGGGUAUGGCAAUGUAUGAUAAUGAGUUUAAGACAAAGGGAAAGAAAAUUUAAACCGAGGAUAAAAAUGAACCACAGCAUUUAUAAGAAUCUAAGAAAAAAAACAGCCUUUCGGGGUAUGUUUAUUGGGGAACGUUUGAUAGCCC